CCGCCCCCUCCGGUCAGGGUCCGCGCUCCGGCCCGGGGCAGGAGGUGCUAGGGCCGGGCCGGCCGCGGGUGCAGUCGUGCGGCCAUGCGGCCCUUGCUCGGCCUACUCCUGGUCUUUGCCGUCUGUACCUUCUCCCUAUACCUGCUGUCCACACGGCUGCCGCGGGCCCCGAGGUCCGAGGCCCGCCCCAAAGAGGAGAGGCAGCAGGCGGAGGGGGCAGAGGGCUCGGAGCCGGGCCCCAGGGUGCUCAAGUUCCCUUCAGACCUGGAAGAGCUCCGGGAGCUCUCGGAGUUCCUGCAGUCCUAUAAGGGAGAGCAUCAGGCCUACGUGCUGCUUUUGUUCUGCAGUGCCUACCUCUACAAACAGUGUUUCGCCAUCCCUGGCUCCAGCUUCCUGAACAUUUUGGCCGGAGCCUUGUUUGGGCCAUGGGUAGGACUCAUCCUGUGCUGUGUGCUGGCCUCGGUGGGCGCCACCUGCUGUUACCUGCUCUCCAGUGCCUUUGGAAAACAGUUGGUGGUCUCCUAUUUCCCCGAUAAGGUGGCCAUGCUGCAAAAAAAGGUGGAAGACAACAGAAACAGCCUCUUUUUCUUCCUGCUCUUCUUGAGGCUCUUCCCCAUGACGCCCAACUGGUUCUUGAACUUCUCGUCCCCGAUUCUGAACAUUCCCAUUGUGCAGUUCUUCUUCUCGGUCCUCAUAGGACUGAUCCCGUACAACUUCAUCUGCGUACAGACUGGCUCCAUCCUGUCCACCAUCACCUCCCUGGAUGACAUCUUCUCCUGGGGGACGGCGCUGAAGUUGCUGGCCAUUGCCCUGGUGGCACUGAUCCCCGACAAACAGUUCAGCCAGAACCGUCUGAGACUGGAUGACUCCAACAGCAAAAAGAGGACAUGAUUGGGGGGGGCCUAGGUGGGGCCUCUCCUCAUCUCUGUUCCCCCCGGGGAGGCUCCUCUGGGGCUUCCACUGUGUGGGCCAUGGGCCACCCAUGCUCAGCCAGCCCUGAUCCGUGGCGAGAGCCUCGCAUUUCAAGCUGGACCAUCGAGGCCCGUGUCUGUCGUCCCUGUGGGCCUCGGGCUUUUAUCUGCUAAAUAAGGGGGUGGGCCACGUCCCCUCUUGGCUCAUUCGUGGUCACUGGGGAGCUUUCCUUGGCCUUUCCACAGGCAUCCCCCCUCUGCUCAGCCAUGACGGCGCCCCCUCACAACACCGUGUCAGGAGCCUCCAGGCCUGCUCUGUCUCCUUGCCCAGACAUGGUUCCCAUCUGUAAAAUUAGUGGGUUGCACUAGAUGCGAGGCCUCUUGAGUGUGUCCUGUGGCCCCUGACAUCCCUCUCCUACCUUCUUUGGUGUCCAUCUUCUCUUGGGAGGGUUUCUUAUGGUUUCACGAAUCAGUUACCAGGCGCAGCUGCCCAUGUAAGUAGGCUGUGGGUGCUACUGGCCAAGGUUCAGAGUGAGGCCAGGUGCAGACCUGGUGCUGGGACAAAGGGCUACUGUCCCUCUGGGGGCCACGGUCCUGGGAUGAGCCUCGCCUGAGCUGGGCACCGGUGCAGGGCUUUCUAAGGCCCUCCCCCUUUGGACACCCACCCUCUCUUGUCCUUCCCUUGCUUGGUCACUCUCUCGAUAUGCUGGAGAUAAUCAGAGCAAAUUAUCAGUCCGUCCUCUGAAUGAACACAUCUGACUUGUAUUGUUUGUCAUUAAUGAUUUGGGGAAUGAUUUUAUUUUUUUAAUUCACAGAAAAGAGGUUGUCUAUGUUCUACCAUUAAUUUAAUGGGUCCCGUUAGAUGCAGUGUUUGACAGCACAGGCCAAAGCUUUUUGCUCGGUGACCACCCUUGGCAGCUGUGACGCUGCAAGAAAGGGAGUCCCUAGUGGCAUCACUCAGGAAAUUAGGCCCCUGGGCCCCAAGGCCUGGCGCGCUCUGGCUCAGCAUGGCCGCACGCAUGGAUGUCGGCUUGCCACUUGCUGGGUCCCUGCACAUCUGGGACAGUGGGGACCCCCCCCCCCGCCCCGUCUGUGCCAGGGAUGUUUUCUGCAUGUGUUCUGUUUCCCCCCCAUGGAGUGUCAGCUCCUGGAGGGCAGGCAAGCAGGGGCUGUUGUGUGACCCGUGGCUGGCACCCAAUAAACGCUUGCAGCCAUGA